AUGCUGAUGAAGCUCCUAGCUGUCGUCUGCGGGCUUGUGACGGCCAUGGCGGCCUCCUUGGGCCCGAGGCAGGACCUCUUUCGUUGCGGCGCCUCUCCUCCGUCCGACGAUUUCAUGACGCUCUCCAAAUCGCUGGUCGCGCGUGAAGCAUCCAUGAACGAGCGCAGACAGGUUGAGGCAUCUACUGUCGAGGUUUCGACCUACAUUCAUGUCGUCUACAAGUCGGAAGAUGUCGAGGGUGGUUACGUCAGUGAGGAUGUGAUUCGCAAGGAGAUUGAGAGGACAAAUCAGCACUAUUCUCAAACCGGAUUCUCCUUCAAGAUUGAAGACAUCGACUAUCAACAAAAUGCGCUGUGGUCUACUCUCGGGGAUGAGAUGGGCAUGAAGGGGCACCUGCGUCGGGGCGGCUAA